UUAAAUGCCUUUAUUUAGAUGAAAGAAUAUUCAAAUAAAUUGAAAGAUUCCUUUGUCGCAAAUUGAAUAAUAGAAGUGUUGAAUAUUAAAUUAAAUUUGAAAAUGGAAGGUAUUGACGUUUCAUUCAUAAUUUGUAUUAUUUUGACAAUUGUAUUAGCAGCAGGGCUAUAUAUGUACUAUAAUGCAUCUGAUCGAGAUAACGAAGUAAUAAAAAUUGGAAAAGUAUUAAGUGAUUCGGAAGAAACAAAAAUUACAAGUUUUGAAUUUAAAAUAUAUAAAAUGUUUGAAAGAAACCGCAGAACGUAUCUCGACGAAGACUUGUCAAAUUGGAAUAAUAAUUCUACAGUAUUUGCAUCGCUAUGUUCCUAUGCAACGCGCUUUCUUAUAUUAUAUAACAACGAUCAUGCUCAAGAAGUUUAUUUGACUAUCGCUGCUGAUAUAAUACACAAAUUGAAUGACAACGUUUUCCAACCAAAAGUUUACAAAAUUCUCCAAACAAACACAGGUCUUACCGACUAUAAAGCGUUACUUGAAUUAACAAGACUACUCAAUACCUUUCAGUAUGUAGCUGAUGAUACUUUUGUAAACAUCAAAGAUGUUUGUCGCAAACAAAUACUCUAUUUGAUUCCAGAAUAUAAUAAAUUGUAUACUGAUGAAUCAAUGAAAGAUGAAAAAGCUAUAUACACAAUUAUACCGAGAUUACUUACGACUUAUUUAAUUUCUGAUAAAAAAUUAUGGAAAAAGGAUGUAGAGACAAAUAAAGUUUUUACAAAAUUAAAUGAUAAAUUUUCUAUUCUUAAAACAUCUCAAGCUAAACUCAACAGUUUUAUUUUAUAUAAAUAUCAUUAUGCUCUUUAUAAAAUUUUGGAAUCAUUGUCUAAGAAAGUUGUUAUUAAAUCUGAGACGUCUUGAAUUUUCAAUAUAUCA